AUGACUUCGGGCAACAACAACCAGCUGUCCGUGGACAAGUGCCCUUCCCGGUACGAGGCAAACGACACCGGUAUCACACUGCCGGAAGUGCACCGUACGAUCGCGCUACAGGAGCUGGGCGAAACGGACGAACGUCGGGAAGCGUCACUCGGUGCAUUUCGCUCAUGGAUUGCCACCCACCCGCACAUACGCAGAUGUCGCACGGACGCACUGUUUCUGUUGCGUUUUUUGCGCGCCCGGGCAUACGAUCUGCAAGCGGCACAAGCCACCCUCGAGCGGUACCUAACGAUGCGCCAGCUGUUUCGGAUAUGGUACGAAAAUCUGGACCCGAACGAUCGGUACAUGCGCGAGCUGGUGGAGGAUGUGCGUGGCUGUUUGCCGCUCGGGUUGGACCGCGCCGGACGGAUGGUGGCACUGGUGAAAGUUCGUAGCUACGAUGUGACACGUUUCAACUGCUACCAUCUCGGACGGCUGCAGCACAUGCUGUUCGAGGCGUUCUUCGACGAUGUGGCGGUACAGAUCGCGGGCGGAGUCGCUAUCGUCGACUGUGACGGUGCUACCAUGGGUCACUUUGUGUGCUUCAAGCUGUCGGACAUUAGGAAUUUCAUGGACUGUCUGGCCCAUGCACUGCCGGUGCGCGUGAAGGAGGUACACAUUGUCCGGUUGCCCCGAAUCGGGCAAGCCUUGGGGAAUUUGGUGCUGAGCUUUGCGGCUGAAGAACUUCGAAAGCGUAUUUUCUUCCAUGCCAGUAUGGAUGAGGUUUUGAAACACGUCGAUCAGGACUUGUUGCCCUUAGAGUACGGUGGUAAGGCGUGCGCGGAGGAGAUCACCAACAGCUUGAGGCAACGGUUAGCCAGCAAACGUGACACGCUACUACUGCUCGACCGUAUGGAGAUCGAUGUUGAGCCGUACGCACACCUUUGGCGCCAAUCGGACGAGGGUGACGUGGAGUUCGGCAUGGAGAUCGACUAG